UACCCAGCAGCAGCAGCAGCACAGACAUUAGUCACAUGGUGGCAUCACGUGGUUAUCAGGAAGCAGUGGUCUGUUUACCUAGGUGCCAUCCAUACAUUGCGACACCGAGCAUCCUUUAGUUAAGAUGAAACCCGGAGACGCUUUAAUGAUAUGAAUCCACUCACUGUUCGACGUCUCUGUCGAUAAUGGCCUCCUCCACCAUCCCUCUGUGAUCGUCUGAGCAUCACCAUGGCAUCUUCAAGUUACACUUGCAUCCAAGACAGCGCCACAGAGAAGGACAGGCUGCUCUCCUCCAUGGCCAGCUAUGGGUCUCAGGACCUUCUUGGGGGUGGGAGCCCCCGUCCCACUGGUCUGGUGGGCUCUGAGCUCCACCGGCAGCAGGAGGAAGAGGAGGAGGAGGCCCUGAGGAGGAAACUCAAGUACUUCUUCAUGAGCCCAUGUGACAAGUAUCAUGCCAAAGGGCGCAAGCCUUUCAAACUGGGCCUGCAGCUGCUCAAAAUCAUCAUUGUGACUGUGCAGCUGGUGCUGUUUGGACUCAGCAACCAGAUGGUCGUGACAUUUAAAGAGGAGAACACAGCGGCAUUCAAACACCUUUUCCUGAAGGGUUAUCAGGACAGCGCUCCACAGGCAGUCCACACACAGAUGGAGCUGUACAGCCACAUACACUUUGCCAUAGAGCAGUACAUGGCUCUUCCUCAGAUCUCACUUGGACAGUACGCUUAUGUGUUGGGCGUCGGAGUGAACGGAAGCGCGCUCUCCCUCUGUCAGAGAUACUACAGGAGGGGCACCAUAGACCCCGUCAAUGACACCUUUGACAUCGAUCCCUGUGUCGUCACCGAUUGCAUUGGACUAAAUCCACUGACUUACAGUUCUGCUCCAGGAAACAGUGACUACAAGAAUUUCACUCUCAAGUUUUACAAGCUGAUCAAUGUAACAAUUGACUUCCAGCUGAAGGCCAUCAACAUUCAGACCAUUAUAAACAAUGAAAUCCCCGACUGCUACACCUUUGCUAUCACGAUUGUCAUGGAUAACAGGGCGCACAGCGGCAAAGUUAAGAUCACUCUGCAGAACCAGGCCUCCAUAAAGGAGUGCAAGGACCCCAACGUGUCCGGCCACGCGGAGAACUACGCACGAGAGUUCUUUGAUGUGUUGGUGGCGAUUGUCUGCCUGUUGUCCCUGCUCCUGUGUGGCCGCUCCAUCCUCAGAGGCAUCCUCCUGCAACACGAGUACGUGCAGUUUUUCAAAACAGACUUGGCCGACAGUGUGAGCUGGGGAGACAGAAUGGAGUUCAUCAAUGGCUGGUAUAUUCUGCUCAUUGUCAGUGACGUGUUCACCAUCGUCGGUAGCUUCAUCAAAAUCGGGAUAGAGUCCAAGAAUUUGUCAUCAUACGAUGUAUGUGGUAUCCUGCUGGGAACCUCCACUCUGCUGGUGUGGGUUGGAGUCAUCCGUUACCUCAGCUUCUUUCAGAAAUACAAUAUCUUGAUUGUGACUCUAAGAGCUGCUUUUCCCAAUGUUAUCCGCUUCUGCUGCUGUGCAGCUGCCAUUUAUUUGGGAUAUUGCUUCUGUGGAUGGAUUGUGCUGGGGCCCUAUCAUGCCAAGUUUCGCUCCCUGUCCAUGGUGUCAGAGUGCCUGUUCUCUCUGAUCAACGGGGACGACAUGUUUGUGACGUUCGCUGAGAUGGAGCAAAGCGGCACACUGGUGUGGAUCUUCAGCCAGGUCUACCUUUACACCUUCAUCUCCCUCUUCAUCUACAUGGUGCUGUCCCUCUUCAUCGCACUCAUCACCGGAGCCUACGACACCAUAAUGGCCCAAACACAGGAGCAGGUGCGCGUCACUGACCUGCAUGCAUUCAUCGCAGAGUGCACGGACACACCCAGCUCUGGCAAGUUCCGUGGGCCUGAGGGGCCGACGUGCUCUUUCCUCUGCUGCUGUGACUGGCACCCAGCAGGGACGAUAAAUGCCUUGAGAGUGAACUGACUGACCUUGGACCACAUUGUCCUCUGUGCCCGUGUUUGAGUUUUGCAUUUAAAUUUGUGCUGGAACUGUAGAACUCACUGCACAGUCACAGGCCCAAUUACCUGCUUCAGCUUUUGUACUGUAUGAAUAAUUUAUUUUCUCUUUCUGAAAUGUCACUUUGUUAGGGCUUUGAUUAUUAGAUGCAUAUUGCUAGUAAACACAUUCAUUGCUGUAGACUGGGCACAGGGUCCACCAAGUAAAAUGGAUGCAAAUGUUCACUUGAAUGAUCCACUAUGUACAGGGUUUUUAUUACUUUAGUGUCCACAUGGCUGCCCAGGAGACAUUAUUUAAUGUACUCUUGAUUAUGUAAAUAUAUUUAUGUCAUCUGGAUCUUCACAGAAGAGGUAGAAUGGACACAAGACACAGCAGAAAAAAGUGCUAUCAUUAACUGCUGUUUGUAUGCAUUAGCCUCUGCAACAUUGUCAGCCUCCCUUUGUUCAUGUCCUUCUGUGACGGGAAGGAGAUGAUGGCUGCAUGAGGAAGGACAAGCCCUGCAGCCAACCAGUUAGUCAUCAAUAUGUAUGAGCUGUUUCUGCUGUUAAGAGCCAGGUGACUGCACGCUAAUGCACUGCAAGAUAGGGCAUUUUCACCGUUUGGUUUAAAGUGCCCCAUGCUAGGCUCCAAAAUAAUAUUCCUAUAGAAAAUCUGGAUUCAAACAAUGUCAAGUGAUGUUUAAAGAAAAGUGAGUCAUAGUAGAAAAUUUUAGGAUUUGCACUUACAAAGACAGAGAGCUGCAGAGAGGGAUGUUGAGGGAAAAAAAGGUUUAAGUUUGAGUUGUAAAACUUUGCAUUUCGAUACUGCACUUAAUCUAAAGGGCGCAGGGAAGACACAUUUAAAAUCAAAAUUCUCACUAGACUCGUGUUAUUUCCAUUAUAGUCUGAGGCUGCAGAGACAGCAGUAUCUGCUGCUCUGCUAAGCUAGGCUUUAUUUUUUAAUUUAGCAGGACUAAUUUAACUUUUUUUUCCAUUGUGAUUUAAGAUUUAACUACCAUCUUAUUUAUAAACAAGCUCAAUUACUAAUGUUAGAGUUUCAAAGUAGAUUUUUCACUUAAGGCUGUCUCACCAGCUAGCCUUAACUAACCUUUGCAGUUUGGUUUUUACUUCUGUUUUCUAAUUCUUGUGAAUUUUUCAUGCUGAUUUUAUCCAGAAAAAUCACACAUUUCUAAGGGAUAAUAAUUUUUAUGGAAAGGUACGAUGUCAGAGAGUCAGAUUCCUGACUGAGACUCAGUUUUGAACAAACUUGUGUCAGACUUGGACACUGUCAUUACGUGUACAAAGUUAAUUACUCAUUCAUUUUAUUUAUGAAUGACUAAGGGCAUCUCUACAAACCAGCAGUUCUUCAUUGAUGCUUUUUAAAGAAAUAUCACUGUUGCUAUAGAAACUUAUUGAAGUGGUAAUGUCAUUCCAGCAUGCUGCGUAAGGUCAAAUGAAGGGCACUCCUCAGUGCAAGAGGGACGUUCACUGCACAAAAUUUGCAUCAGGAUAAAAGGGAACAAGGUGAUUCAAGAUGUUACACUUAUAUUUGAUGCUUUUGUAUUUUUUGUUUACUUCAAUUAAUAUUGUUUACAAUCACAACAAGUAGAACGUGAGUUUAUUUACAGUUUACAUACACUUACUUAUUUGCACUUCAUGAAGACAGAUGUACAGCUUCAUUUGAUUUUUUUAUGUGUCACAUGGGAGCCAUAUAGCACAAUGGAACAAAGCACUGUGUAUGUAAUGCAUCUGUUAAUGUUCUCCAGAUACAUCUGGGAAGGUUCUAUAAUGCUGUUUUGAUUUAAUGGUAACAGUGUUAUUGCUCAUUGGGUUUGUUUACUUAUAUUUGGCAUGCUGUCUUAAUUAUUUUACCUCAUUCUAAGAAGAAGCAAGUAACAGCUAGCAGGGUGUUUAUCUGUUAAUGUAUAGGAUGUAGUUGUACAGGUUUUUACUCCCUCAUUUGUACUGAACCUUUUCUGUGAAGAUGCUGCCUUGUGAAUGAAAGUACACAUCAGCAAAAUAAACUGGAAACACUCAAACUG